AGUAUCAAGAGAUUGCUAUUACUGAACACAUUGAUUUCUUGUUUCUAUUAAUUCUAGCAGAUUUUUUAUCGCAAAAAGAUAUCAUGAAGUUAUUUAUAAUCAUUCUUGUUUUCGUUGGAUGCACUUACGGUCAAGGUUCAGGUGGAAAAACUGUCGAGGAACAAUGGAAUGAUUUUAAGGAUCUCUUCCAAAGAAGCUUUGACAAGGUUGAAGACAAAAUGCGAUUCCAGAUCUAUAAGCAUAACUUGGCUUUAGUAGAAGCUCAAAAUGCUAAAUUUGCACGUGGUGAAUCAGAUCAUGGGGCAGCGAUUAAUGACUUAUCUGAUCGUACACCGGAAGAAAAACAAGUUUUAGAGCAACAAAUUCGACCUGUGCCUGCAUAAUCACUUCCUAUAAUUGUUUAAUUAUUUUACAAACAGUUUAGAAAGAAAAUUAAUCAAAUUUGUAAGGAUGCCAAUGAACUUAUGAGCAUUAUCAGUUCAUAAAUUUUGCAAAUAAAAUUCGCAAUAUAUCAAAACUUGUAAAGAGUAAACAAAAUAAAUGAAAGCCGAUCGAAAUAUUUAGAAGUGAAG